AUGAAUUCCUUCACCGUCACUUGUCCGCUCUAUCCUUCCCUACCAAUGGGUUCUUCAUGCUUUCAAGAUCCUCGGCGUUUUGGAUUCGAUGAACACGUUCACCGGACGUGAGAAGAAGCAGAAUUGAAAAUGCCAUUUUAAGUAGAUAGAGCUUGUAGUAU